CAAUUAUGUAAGAGUUUGGUUUGGAGUCUCCCCGGCGUGUGAGUAGCGAUGACGGGGGACAGGGACCGGGACUCCGGAGCGGAGCCGCUCCCGACCACCGCCACGACGCAGUACUGCUGGGAGCUGCAGCGCUGGAUGUGGCGGUACUACUGGGGCUGCGCGGGGCUGCAGGGCUGGCUGGCCCCGGCGGCGCUGCCCUUCCCUCCGCCCUGCGCGGGCCAGCCGGCGGACCCGCGGGGCUGGUACCCCUACAGCCCCGCAGGGUACCAGCACCCCGGGGCCGCGCAGCCGGCCCAGCAGCAGACCGGGAACGCGGCUACCGCAGGUCGAGAGUAUGCCAUCCCUUCUCCUUUCCAGAGGUUCUUGGCAGAAACGGUGGACUUCUUCAUCUUGUUUUGCGUGAAGGCCACCAUUGUACUGUGGAUCAUGCAUCUGAGUGGCAUGAAAGACAUUGCCAAGUUUAUAACCCACUUCAUUGUUGAGGAGAUCGAUGAGAACACGUCCAUGGAGGACCUGCAGAAGAUGAUGGCUGUGGCUCUGGUGUACAGGGUGCUGGUCUGCGUCUACGAGACUAUCUGCAUUUGGGGUGCCGGCGGUGCAACUCCAGGGAAGUUCCUGCUCGGUCUGCGGGUGGUGACGUGUGACACGUCCACUCUGGUCCGACCAAACCGCAUCCUGGUGGUCCCAGCAUCCAACGUCUCCCUCUCUGCCUCUGCAGUCCGGGCCCUGAACAAGAACUUCUCCAUCGCCUUCCUCUUCCCCGUCUUCAUCACGCUGCUGUUCUUCCAGCACAACAGGACUGUGUACGACAUCGUGGCGGGGACCAUAGUGGUCCAGCGCCGGGGGGGGAGGUAGCUCCGCCUCCGGAGAAGGGCUCCGUCACACUUGGGUCGGGCAGAGCCGCGUCAGAUCCGGGUCUGCUCCUCAUCACGUCUACUUGCACUGAAAACACUGGAGGAAAGUUGUACUGCACUUUACUAUAAAUACAGAUUUAGGCCCAAUUCAUGCAGCGAAACUAUAACAACAUCUAAAUGUUUGAUUCCUGUUCCAGCUGGUAAGCUGUUGUUCCUCUGAAGUAUUUGGGAGUUUUGAUAUUUUUCAAGGUAAUCUGACAAGGUGCUAUCGUGGACUUUCCAGUGACUUCUCCUCACACGAUGUGACUUUUGAUAUUUUUUUGCGGCGACACUUUUAAAUGGUUUAUAUUUUUCAAAAGUUCUCUGGUUGAAAAAACUGAGUAUUUGGUAUGCUAUUGACAAUUUUCCUUUUACAUCGUGAAUGUAUUUAUGCUCGAACAUGAAGGAGAACAAAAAGACGUGUCGGCACUCUUCACGUCCUUUGUACUUUUGAAGGAUUGUUUUUGAAAAGCGACUAAAAGAUUUCAUGAGAGGUUCAAAUAUUUGAAAUUUUUCAAUUCUUGUCUCAUGUGUAACUCGGGGCCACUGUAGCAAAAAGAAGUUACAUUUAUCUCCGUUAUUAUACAAUAUCUCUGCAGUUGUAGUUUUAUAAUCCCACAUCUUUAAUUUCCUCUGAGAUGAUUCAGUCUCUGUUGUUCGGUCUUUAGCUCUGCUCACGUUAGUCGUACUCCAGCUCAACCAGGGUCAGACAUCAGGGGGAGAAAUGAAAAAUGAAAUAGAUACAACAAUUUGCAAUGUUUUAGUAUCUCUCUUGAACAUAUUGAAAAGAGGUGGAGUUUUAUUUUAUUAAAAAAGAUGAGAGAAUGCAAAAGUGAAGUAGCUGUUAAAGCAUCUAUGAAUUUAUGCACCUUGAGGGGGAGGCUUUUGUAGCCUAAGGGCAAAAAAAAAAAAAAAAUACUAGUGUAAUUAAAUCAGAUUAAAGAGAAAUUAAAUUUCCUAAAGACGUGCUUGCAAAAGUGGGGGAUUGUGUAACUGGUAAUAUGGGAUUAAAAGGAUUCUGUUGUACUUCAAGAGUUAUAAAGAUCGUUCCACAGUGAAGCAGUUCGUCUCAUCACCAAAGACUUGAACUGACCGAACGGUAUAAUCACAACGUUUCACUUUUAAUUAUUGCAAGUUUUUUUUUACCGCAGAUUCAAGGUUAUCUAAAUGUUUUAUGAGUUAAAUUACUCCCUGUGUUAGUUUCCUCCAUCGUCCAUGCAGCAAUGGUUAGUGUUGUUGCAUCACAGGUGGAAGGUUUCCAGUAAAAAUCCUGCAGAUUUCAGGUCCUAAAUUGUCUUAAAAAUGUUGGAACGCCUGUAUAUCUGUUAUUUGUCCAUAUGGACGUUGUACCGAAAGUUGAGUGUGUAGCGUUAUGUGUUUAUUUGUUAUUUGACGGAGGGACUGGCUUCAGUGUUUCCACCGGUGCACACUCUGGGCCACACCACAAGGGGGCAGCAGAGCUAACAUGCUGAGGCUCACAUAGAAAUUAAAAUGAGGUUGCUAGAUUUGUCUUUUUUUUUUUGUUUUCUCAUACUUUGUGGAAUAGGAACCUGCGCAUCCUGGGCCCUGGUAAAUCCACAACUGCAGUCGUCAUUGAGGGCAUGUCCAUUCUGACAUUCAAAACAACUUGGCUGUACCUGCGUUGCUCACCUAGUUUGUGUGACCUCACAGUUCCAGAGGUCAAAAUCAACAGCUGUAAUUCAUGACACGUCCCGCAUAGCAGUUCCUCAGACCGGAUUCACUGUCCUUCGUUAAAUUUGCAGUUUUCUUUGUGUUGACUGUCAGCGUUUGAGGAAAAUCUCCCCUGAAACAAAACUGUUUUAAAUUUAUUUGCUCUUGUCAUUGCUGUGGAAAGAGUCAAAUCUGCUGGAUUAUAUGACCAUUUUACUUGCAGCAUCUGGAACACACACACACACACAAACUGGCAACAAAUGUGCAUGAAACAUGACGUCCCGCUGGCUGUGCAGCACAACCUUUUAAUGCCACUGACAAUCUCUCUCUCUCAGUGAUGAUAUAGUUGUAUUUGCUUACACGGAACUUAUCUGUGUGAGAGUUUGGACAUUCGUUCCUGGUAUGUUUUAUGCUAAAAGUUGUACUUUUCUCAGUCACGUUUUGUAUUAAUGACUGAAAAAAUGAGUUUGAAGUGAAGAAUAAAACUUUAAACUGUG